CUUCCUUCUUCCUCCAUACGAAGAAUUUGAAGAAGAAAAAUCCCCAAAUCAAUGAGCCAAUACAGAAGAAGCACCGCCGAUUCGAUCCUCGAUUCGCUGUCGCUGAAUCCUCUCCCGUACCCGGUGCUGCUCCUCCUCGGCGUUGUCUUUGUCUUCCUCGGCGCCUCCUGGUGGUUCUCGUACGAGUCCGCCGUCGAGGCCGCCGAGGAGCAGAUCAAUUGGCUGCUCUUCGCGACGCCGGUGCUGCUGAUCGUCCUCGUCCGCUGCCUCUCCUCCGUCGAUCCGAGCUUCUUCGCUUCCUCGCCGUGGGAGCGCCGCCGCAGCACGCACCGCCUGCCACCCGAGGGGAGCUCGCCGUGGGGCGUCGCGGCGUUGAUCGUGCUGCUGCUCGUUCUCGUGCAGUUCCAGUCCGCGUUCCGUGAGAGCUGGUCCAUUUGAUUUGAUGGAGCCUUCAAAGGCGCAGGAUCAUUGUAAAUACAAAUGGUUUACUUUACACGAUCGCUCCUCUGUUGUAGUAGUGGAGAUUGGAGGGAGCGUUACGUUUGAUUCUAUAAGGUAUUUCUGUUUUUUCUUUUUUCUUUUUGUACUUUUUUUGCUUUUCGGAGGUGAAAUUGGGGGAAAAUAAAUAAAUCCAUAUUUAUACA